AGGAGCCCCUGGGUCCCCACCUCGCCCCGAACAUGCUGCCCGCCGCCGUGAGGAAAUGGCUCAACCGCCCCAAGAGGUCGGACCCCCGCCUCCUGGCUCAGUUCUUCUUCGCCGACGAGCGUGUGAACGAGGUGGUGACGGAGAUCGUCUGCCUGGAUGUGAGGGCCGAGCCCCAGCUCUACCUGGUGCUGCUCAGCCAGCUCCACUCCAGCCAGGAGCAUCUUCUAGCCAUCCUGGAGCAGGUGAUGCAAGAGUGCAUUCCCCAGGAGCGGGCCAGCCGAGACUAUCUGGUCAAGUUCCCCGAGGACCUGGUCGCCGAGAACCUGGGACCCCACGUGCUCUUUGCCGCCGAGUGCCUGGUGGCCGGCUCCUUCGUGGAGGUGGACGAGGCGGCGGGCGCGCUGUUGCGACCGCUGGCACGAGAGCUGCUGCUCAGCCUGGAGCGGGUGCGGGACGUGGUGCGGGACGCCAUAUGGGAGCAGCGUCUCAUCCGCCCCGGCACCCUCCCUGACCCCCUGCGCCGGGCCCUGUUGCGCUUCGAUGGACUCUUCGCUGACUUCCAGCUGAGCUACGUGUCCACGAUGGCCGUGGUCAAGUCUCCCGAGGAGAUCUACCAGCAGCAGGAUAUAGCCGUGCUCUUCUGCGAGGCCGUUGCCAGAGCCCUGCAGCUGGGCUACCUGACCCAGGAGAUGAUUGACAGCUACGAGCCCCAGCUGAUGUUGAGCAUCCCACGUCUGGCCAUCCUCAGCGGUCUCCUGAUCUACCCCGAUGGUCCCCUGAGCCUGCGGCGUCCCCCGGAGGAGAUGGCCUCUGUGUUCAGCCCCUUCUACCCCCUCCUGAAAAAGAUCCAGGCCCUGCUGAGAGUCCUGUCAGAGGAGGAGCUUGUCCUGCUGGAGAGGAGCCUAUGUGCUGCGGCGACGGAGGAAGCCCCCCAGCCUGGGCCCGGGGCCAGGACCAGCCCGGGACCUCCACCCACGGGCCGACCCAGCCCGGGACCUCCACCCACGGGCCGACCCAGCCGGGCCCACGGUUCCCUCCGCGGAGCUGGAGGGGGGCCCCCACCUGGGCCUGCCACAUCCCCAUUCGAAGGACCAGGGGGAGCCACGGAGGGGCCUGCCAUCUCCCCCCGGAGCGAUGGCAGACCCCUGGGGACGAGGACUAAUGCUGAAGCCGCAGCCCUCCCACCCACAGAUGCCCGACGGCCUGCGGCUGGCCGGGAGCCCUGCCCCAAGCGGCCUCCGGGCACCAGCCGCUCCGAGGACCGGGCCCGGGAGGUGUCUGGGGAGCCGGGCCGGGAGGCGGGGGGGUGCCGCCGGCCUGUAGCCUCCAGCUCUGGCAGGCUGGGCGGCAGCCCCCUGAGCCCUGCGGAGAGAACAGCCCUGAGGGCCCGUUACACCAGCCCCCAAGACAUGGUCCACACCCUCUUUGUCUGCAUUUCAGGGGUGGCCGACCAGCUCCAGACCAACUUUGCCAGUGACCUGCGGGCCAUUUUACAGACGGUGUUCCUGGUGGUGGCGUCCAAGCCGGAAGCAGAGGAUGAACGAGGGAGCUCUGACCUGCCUGGGACGACCACCCCCACGGCCACCUGCGCCCUCUGUGCCGAGCGGGGGACAGGAGAGCCCCCAGCCUGGGUCCCCGACAGCUCCUCCCCCUGCUGCCGUGCCUGCCAUUCCCCCUUCACCUUCCUGCGUCGUCGGCAUCACUGCCGCAGCUGUGGACAGAUCUUCUGCUCCCGCUGCUCCUCGCACUCGGCUCCCCUGCCUCGGUUUGGUCACGUGAAGCCGGUGCGGGUCUGUUCCCACUGCUACGCCACGCACCUCACCCCCGGCUGUUCCUGAUGGCCCCGCCGGCUGCGGGCAAUGGAGGCUGCCCGGUUCUGCGCGUGAGCGCACCCUUCCACCCGGGUGGGUGGGGGUAAGAACUCGCUUUGCCCCCUGGUAGAGGGUCAGGGGCAGUUGAGGAUGGUUGGGGGCAGACCCCUGCUCCACCCAUGCCCUGCAAGCCCAGGGCUGCGGGUGGAAGCCUCCCUCCAAGCACUGCAGUCUCACAGUCUCAGGGUCCCCGACCGGCUGCCAGGGCUGAGGCUGGCAGAGCCCACGUGUGGAGGAAAGAGAAUGCCAGCUGGCUAGAGCCGGGCACUGGCCUGCCCGAGCCCCCGCCUCACCCUCCCCUGGGCGUCCUUGCCCCCUCCUCUCCUACCUCACCCCCCCCCACCCAAUCAUGCACACAUUUACCUCGUUGUCAUCUCUGCCCAGAACCAGUUGGGCCCAGGUACCACCCCUAGCCCGGCUUUCUGAGGUGCAGGGAAUCCUGGACUGAGGCUACAGUAUUAACGGCUUCUUACCGAGGAAAAUUCCCACCUCUCUCCCGUAGCCCCAUGUGAAGGGGAAGAAGGGCCCACCACUUCUAACCCAAGCAUUCCCUACACCCCUCUCCCGACCGGGCCCGAUCCAGGGGCAGAGCUGGCAUCUGCCCCUCUCCCCACGGGCCCAGAGCCUAAACACCCCCCAAGAUUUUCCUUAAACCACGCCGCUUCCUGCCUCUUACAGUCCCAAACACUUGAAACCCCUGGUCUGGCAGCAGCAACGUUCACCUUCAGGCCCGCACCAUCUG